AAAUAAUUGGUGAAUACAUUGAAGAAGAAUUGGUAAAAAAAUAUCAAUUUAAGAAACAAAUAAUCCCAAUUGAAGCAAUUGAAGAUGAAACUAUUCCAAAAAGUAGAAUUUACUUGAGUGAAAAUGUUGCAGAUUGUCAGAUUUUAUUAUUCUUGAUCCAAGGUGGCGGAGUCGUAAGAUCUGGUCAAUGGUCACGAAAAGUUAUCAUAAAUGAUUCACUUCAACUUGGCUCAAUGUUUCCAUACAUUGAAAGGGCAAAACAAUUAAAUUGGGGAAUUAUAAUUUUUAAUCCAAACGAACAUUUCGGAAGUUAUAAAGACGGUGAUGAAAGAAAAUUUGGUAAAAUACCUGGGUCUGAAAGUCACCAGAGUCAUUGUAUAUAUGUUUGGGAAAAUAUUGUGAGAAAUAUGACUGCAAAACAUAUUUUAAUAGUAGGACAUAGUUAUGGUGGAAUAAGUGUCAAUGCAAUGUUAGAUGAUUGCAAAGAUUUUAAAAGUCGUGUAUGUGCAAUUGCUUUGACUGAUAGUGUACAUAGCUAUGGUAUGAUACCAAGUUCUUCUAAAAAAUGGUUUAAAAACCACACAAUCAAUUGGAUAAAAUCGUCAUUACCAACUAAUGAGCCUGUCAAUAAUAAUGCGAAUCAAAAAUAA